AGCAAGUGGAGGGAAGACGAGGAGAAGAAGCUGCUUCAGAUUUUUCAUUGAGAUUACAAACGCAGAUUUUGCAAGCAACAGACAGCAUGUUGGCUGCCAGCAGGGACCUCCCUUUUCCCCCGGUGAUCGUCUGCCUGUUUUUCAUCAGUGGUUGCUCUCUCCUGCCAACGGCAUCACAAGUCACAAGCACGAAUCCCAUGGGACCUCUGAAGCCACAUGGGUUUUUGACUGAGGCCUCCACAGCAGAUUACGACCGACUUGAGGAAGAGGUGACCUCCACCGACUCCAGAAGAGUUCCUCCAGCCAGAGGGAAUUCUCAACGAUGCAACUACGACCCCUGUCUCGAGGGUCAGAUCUCCUGUGCUGUGCUCGCAGACUCCACCGGCUGCUUGUGUCCAGGGUUAACUUUACAUGACCAGGCUCCAGAAGCUCCCACCUUGAAAUCGGUGUCCUGGAAUGGGUCGGAUGUUGUGAUUCAGUGGUGUGCACCUUAUUCCUAUGUCACAAGUUAUCUGGUGACAGUAGGGGACCAAGAGCGGCAGAACUUUGGGAAGGACAAAAGGAGUGGGGUGGUGGGCAUUAUAGAAAACAUUGCAGAGGUCUGUGUGGUUGCAGAGAACAAUAGCGGAACCAGUCAAGGCUCAUGCAUGAUGUACCACCCCAGAGACAGCAGUCUGGCCCUGAAAGCAGGACUCAUCGGAGGAGCUCUGGGCUUCCUGCUGCUCCUCUUGUUGGCCAUCUUGCUCUGGAGGCAGAAGAGGCAAAGGAAGCAGGAGGCCAGCGUCUCUAUGCGUGACACUGCUGAGAUACAGUGAACAGAAAACAAAGCACGACCAGGCGCUCGGCGAGAUAAGACUUUGUCCCGUGAGACUUUUCGGGGUCAUUGUAGUUAAUUAACUUUGACUCCAUUAUAUCGUCUGUGGUUCGAUGCACUGAGAGGUUCUCUGAAAGCGCAGCAGGAAGCGAGUCUCCUCAUGUGUCUGCCUGCUCAUGUUUUACUUCACAAAAAAACUACGGUAGCCUCUUCAUCUGAUCUAAAUUUUCUGAAAAAUAUAAAACUGGUAUUUUCUUUGCAUUUCAAAAUAUGCUGCUCUAGCUCUGAAAUAUCAGGAACUUCUGAGCAUGUCGUCCUUGUUUUAUCUCUAAAACAUCUGAUUAUUAUGAGUGUAGAAAAUGUCUUGUUUUUAGCUUUCUGUCCGUGCAUUUUAUCCUUUUCGAUUCAUUUUACAUUAAGAAUUAGCAGAAUAUUCUCACUCAUAAUCCACAGGAGAUUUUCUACUUAUCUUUGCACAGCAGACAGAAAUGAACUAAUCAAAAUUAAUAUCAUACAUAAAAAAUAUAUCAUAUUGUUUGGGUGGGGAAGUUACUCUGACACUCUCUGUGAGAGUUCCUCAUUUUAUGGGGGCGAGUGUUUUUCUGUGUGUUGUGAUAAUAAUAAUCAUGUAUUUAUUUUAUAGCACUUGAUAUAACAUGUGACAAAAGUUUAAGUUUGAGAUCCUGAUGGAUUAAUAAAAACUAGAGUCAGAUGAAAUUAGGGAAUGUGGUACAAUCAUUUUUCAGAGCCUUGGAGCUCUUGUUUUACUAAACUAAAGGUUGGAGAAACAGUGGAGUUUAAAGCUACUGCACAUGUUUGUUGAAAGGGCUCAAAUGUGACCUUGGCUGUUGCCAUGUGUGCUAUACUGUAUGUCAAUGUUUUACAGCUGGUGAGUUUUUCCAUCUGUCUUACAGUCGGAAGUUGUGUCAGCGCACUGGAGGAGCACUGGUGUUCAGUGCUGUUUUUCCAGCUGUCAUACAAUAGCCUUUCAGCGGAUAUGGAUUUUGUGAGCCUGCUCUCAUUCCAUCUGAGAAUUCCAGAUAUCCAGAACUAGGCUGGUGAGAAGCUUCUGGCUUUUAAAAAAAUAAGUUUUGCCAUCAUGAGAAAGGGAAGAAAGUCCAAUAUUUAAAUCCACCCAAUUUAUCUCAUGUUCAAGUCUGCAUGUCUCGAAACCAUGUUUUAAUUCCUGUUUGCUCCAGUUGCUGCCACAGAGUCGUUCCACUGCCCCUGGGGUUUAUUCCUUUUCCAACUGCACAGCACAAUUUACACCACUCCAAGCUGCAUGGAAGUCAUCUAACAUGUGUCAUUUGGAGAUACAACAGACUCUGUGCUGCUGAAAUGGCCUCCAGAUUUGUGACACACAUUCCGUCUGAGGACAGUCACUCUCACAGUGGGAGGAAGGUACUUAACAAUGGUUUGCAUGCGACAGAAUGCAAAGAUGUUUGUGUGCGAUAUCAGGAGCAGCAAUGUCAGUAAUACAAAAAUGCUGAAUAUGUUUAACCAAAACCACAGAGUGACAGAGCAGGGCUGUUCUGGAGAUGACAGCAGAACAGAACAACUUGUGCUCAUUAGAAGACAAAUAGAUGUAAAAGUGUUUCAUUUCAAAAUGAUGUUAUUUGCCUUUUUAAGUAAACUAUUUUAAAGAAACGUUGAAUGAUUGUCAAUGUAAAAUCAAAUCUUAACAAUUUCACAAGGUUAAAAUAUUUCUCAGUGAGCAAACUGGUCAUGAAGCUAAAAGGAAAGUGUGGCCGCCAUGUGUCUGUCCUGCUGUUCUUGUUUAAAUGCUUUUGAUCAUUAAAAAAUGCAUAAAGGAGAAAUGGGUCACAUCGAGGUAAAAUGAAAGUUACGUGAAAGUAAAGAACUAAAAGAAAGUCCAGUGAUAAGCAUAAUUCUCAUUGAAAAGCCAUUGAAAAACGUAUUUUAACACAAC